CAGAGUUUGAACGUCUGCCAGCGGCGUGGGUGCUGCUCAACAUCUCCUGCCAACAGGCUUCCACUUCACUUCAGCAUGUCUCAGCCGUCGUGUAUGUUAAAGAUAGGCUGACUGUCGUGAUCGUGCAGCCUCUCACCAUGUCUGAUACCUGGAAGUCACUCACAGCAGUGAUAAACGAGUCUCUUCCUUCCAAGUUUCACAUUGUCUCUGCGUGAAUAUUCAGGCUGGAGCGCACUGAACAUGGACGUCGGGAUUCGCUAUAGCUAAAUGAGGCAGCAGGUGUGGGAGAAAUCUGAAGAGGUGCGUGGGCCCGUAGCGUGACCGAGACCGAGACUGAGCGGGAGAUGAGGACCGUUCUCCCUGUGUGCGGGGGCAGCGAUGGAGGGGAACCCCGCAGCCUCCGCAGCCGGGUGGGCAGGAUGAAGAAGCUGCUGUGGCUCAGGCCUAGUCACUGUGUGGGCAUCCACACGGACACGGAGCCCGGCGUGUGGCUGAGGAGCUUCCAGUUAUUGGACACGGACCGACAGAAUGAGGACCCGGUUCAGGAGUGGGGUGAGGAGGAGGAGGACGGAGCCGUGUUCGGCAUCACGCUGCGCAGGGAGCCCGUCCUGCCCAGCUCGGAGGAGUCACCGACUGCCUUCAGCUGCGUCCAGUACCACACGGUGAAGGUGCGCAGGUUGAAGGCCGCCACCUUGGAGCGCCUGGUCGCCCACCUGCUGGACCUUGAGCACCGGGAACCGGACUUCCUCCCUGUGUUCCUCUCCACCUACAGGGCCUUCACCUCCGCCAGCGCCCUCAUCGAGCUGCUGUUUCAGAGAGAGGACUCAAUAGCUAACCUGGAUAACACCGUGUGCCGUCGCAGUACCUUACACCCAGUGAUCCGGCUGUGGCUGGAGGAACACAGUGAGGACUUUCAUGAGCGUCCUCAGUACCAGUCCCUCCGGCUGUUGUCUGUCCACUUGCGCGGACGCCUCUGCUUCAGACGCUUGGCUCAGUCUGCCGAGGCCCUGCUGAAGAGGUUCCAAGAACAGGAUUGUGCGCAGUCUGCGUCAGAGCAGGACAGUGAAUUAUUGCAACAGGAGAACAGAGAUCAGGAGGAUGGAGGAGAUUCAUUCACAAAGGAGGAAGACAAAUACACCUUUAUGGGCUUCUCUGUGACAGACGUGGCAGAGCAGCUCACCAGACUGGACGCCGAACUGUUUGUCAAAGUGGUGCCCUUCCACUGUCUGGGCUGCGUCUGGUCCCAACGUGACAAGAAAGAAAACCGAAACCUGGCACCGACGGUCCGCGCCACCAUCUCCCAGUUUAACGCGGUCACCAACCGUGUCAUCACGUCGCUCCUCUGCCCGUCCUCGCCAAGCCCUUCCACUUCCUCUCCCCUCUCAUCGCCCUGCGUGUCCUCUGCCUUCCUGUACCCCUCCACUGCCCCGAACUCACCUCGCGGCUCCCACACCAGUCCAGUCCACAGAGCGCGCGUCAUCGAGAGGUGGAUCGCCAUCGCACAGGAGUGCAGACAGCUGAAGAACUUUUCCUCCUUGAAGGCCAUCCUGUCGGCCCUGCAGUCCAACGCCGUGUAUCGCCUCAAGAAGACCUGGGCUGCUGUCAGCAGGGAAAGCAUGACCACCUUUGAUCACCUGUUGGAAACUUUCCCCGAUGAGAAUUGUGUCCUGACCAGCAGAGAGAUCCUAGUGGAGGAAGGAAGUAAUCCAGACGGCAGUGCCACCCCCGGCUCCAAAUCUCCCCGACUCUGCUCCGAGUCCAGGCAGACGAACUUGAACAGUGGUGUUGUGCCGUACCUGGGCACCUACCUGACCGUCCUCACCAUGCUAGAUACAGCACUGACAGACACCGUGGAGGGUGGCCUCAUCAACUUUGAGAAACGCAGACGGGAGUUUGAGAUUAUCUCUCAGAUUCGGCAGCUCCAGGCUUCUUGUUGUCACUACAACCUUCCAGUCGACCAUCGCAUCACCUCCUGGCUGCAGUCGCACACGCUGCUCACAGACCAGGAGAGCUAUGAACUAUCUCGUGAACUGGAACCUCCAGUUGACCCCUGUCCCAACUCUCCCAACUCUUGGAGCAGUCGACUCAUCACAAGGAAACUCGCCACGCUGCGAACGUCCGGUGACAGCUCCCUCAGGAAGACCCAUGCCGACCAGAUCAGCGUGUCGUCUUCUGGCUCCAGCAGUUCAGACAUGGAGGACCUCUCUGCUCCUCAGCCCUCCCCUCUCAGACUCAAACUCAAGUCUCUCUCGGGCUCCCUUCACAACGUUGCAGAAGACUUCUCCUCCAGCUCCAUGUCCUCUUCCUCCUCUCGGAGCCUCUCCAGCUCAUCCUGCAGCUCCUCGCAUCCAGAUCUCAGCUCUUCAUCUCUGGUGCUGAGCCCUGAAUCGUCAUCGUCAUCGCCAUCAACCAGCCGCUCGUCUCAGACUGUGCAGCCCGUUUACAACAAGCAGAUUGCAGACUUGUGUAUCGUCAGGGUCAGCGUGGAGUCUGUCAGCAAUGGAAACGUCUACAAGAGCAUACUGCUGACGAGUCAGGAUCACACACGUCAGGUGGUUCAGAGAGCUCUUGAAAAACACAACAUGGAGGACAUCAGCUGCAACGACUUCAGCCUCUACCAGAAGCUCAACAAUGGAAAAGAGCUCCAGAUUCCUGACAAAGCCAACGUGUUUUAUGCCAUGUGCACGUCUGCCAACUACGACUUUGUCCUGCGCCAGCGCUGGAGGAGCCAUGGGAGACAUCUUGGCUCUUCCUCCAGCCCCGGAGCUCAGCGUGGGAGCCGCUGCUCCAAGUGAAAACCAUCUCCUGGUCUCGGUUGAAUGACUGGCACACCUCUAGAAGUAAGAGGAACCGCUCAUCUGCAACAACGGCCCAACUACUCAUCUGUGGCUGUUUGUCCACCACGAGACUGUGACGAGAGCAGCUCCACCACAAAGACUCCUCAGACCUUGACUGAAGAAAUAACCUGGAGGAGUUCUCAUCAGGAUGAAGUCUUCGCAAGGAGGAACGUGUUGACACAGCAGUUAUUCUGUAACGUUUGAAGAGUUUAAAGGAAAUGUCCAUAUAUUCAUAAAAGAGGCGAAAAAGAACAACCACUGUCAUACGUUUGAAGGAUGAAGGAUCCUUCCUCAUGGAUCAUAGCACUUUCUCUGCAGGUGUUUAUUCACAUCAGGAGCAGCUGGUCGACGCAACAGUCCUGCGUUCAAACUCUACACAUCCAUGUGGCCGUGUGGCUACAGAAUCAGACGGUGUCCACUGGUUGACAUGACACUUUCCCUUCAGCCAGUUUGUCUGAACACAUGGCAGGAGGCUGCUGACUUUCUCAGCCACAGGGAACAGAACGAAGGAAAUCUAAUCAGGAUGACUAAAUAUGGGGUGUUUGCACUUAGCUGAUGAGUGAGCAUUCCCGACCAUAUCUGGGUCGAGUGAAAUCGGUCUGAUUUCAGUCAUGCUGAGUGCAUUAGAGAACGUCAGAUGGUGCGUGUAAAGCAGGGUUUGGUCCCAGAAACGUUCUGUAAUAAGUAUUCAUUUGUCUUCUAGUUAAAGAUUUAAAUGUUUUAAAUGUAACUUGAUUCAAUUUUAUGAACUUAAAUUAUUUAAUGCGUUUCAGUAUUCAGCUUUUAGAGCUAAGGUGGCAUGAUUAUACUGUUUUUCUGUGUCUGUUCAUUCACCGUCCGCCCUCCAGUCUUCAAUGAUAUGCUCUUUUCUGACAUGAAUGUCUUUAGGUCGCUUCAGUUCUCAUAAGCUCGACUCAAGUGUGUUUCAAAUUGAAUGAAGAAAGCAGUCGCGGUGAAAUGAAGGAGACUUUUUAUAUAGAGAGUAUAAAGAGUAUAUUACAUAUGUUUAAUCUAAGUGGCCUUGUCUGGAUGUUUGCCUUUAUGUCUGAGGUUUAAAGGCUCAAUGCCGACAUAAAAUACUGCAGUAGUGUUCCUCUCCACAGGCUGCUCACGGACGUCUGUUAUCCUGUGCAAUUAACUACAGUGAGUGAUAUUUAGCUCACCUCUCCUGCCUCACCCCGACUGAGAUUCAUAUGAAGGAUGGUUCUCGUAUGUGGAAAUGAAGUGUCCCGGCAUGUGAAUUAAACGAGCUUCUCUGUGAUACGAAAUCCUCUAUGAAACUGACAAGGGCAGCUUUUUUUUGGAAGUAGUAAAAGUGAAGAUCGCUUUAUAUAUUUACUUUCAGUCAACAAAUGACACACAGAGAUUAAUAUCCCUGUUUAAAUUUAACGGGGGGAAAAAAUAAUAAUAAUUUGCACACUGGUGAUGUCUGUCUUCAGUUUUGUGCAGGAUUUUGCGUCGCUGAGUUCAUGUUGAAAGCUGCUGUAGGUCGGUAACUGAAGGUCUGACGGCUGCGGUCGAUGAAGGAGAUGUCACAGCGUUGGUCCGUCACGCGCAGGCUUUCGUGUUGUGUGUGAAAUGCCAUUGAAGUUAACAUUACUGUCUCAAACUGUGUUUGACCUUUUUCAACAGAUUAUUUUAAUUGAAGCACUUGCUGUAUAUAACUAGUAUUAAAUGUCCACUAAUAAAGUAAAUCUAUUUAUCACA